CAUAAACCUUCUUAAAGCAUUCCAACCAAUCAUCACCACUCGAACCAAGUAAACACCACGACCACCAUCUAGUCACUCUUUUCCUUUUAAUUUCUUCCAUUCCUUUUUUGUGUUUCCCUCCAUAUCAACCCACUCCGUUUGGAACCUAGGAAGAAAAAAUGGCUGAAGGUGUGCUCUUUAGUAAUGCGGAGGAAAUAAUAAAGAAACUAGGUACCCUAGCUGCUGAGGACGUUGCACUGUGGUGGGGGCUCAAAGAUCAAUUAAGGAAGCUCACUGACACUGUGACCAAGAUUAAGGCUAUGGUUCCAGAUGCUGAGGCUCGGAAACAGAAUCAUGAAAUCGAAGAGUGGCUCAAGAAGCUGCAAGAAGCUGUAUUUGAUGUGGAGGAUGUGCUGGACAAUUUUUCAACACAAGUCCUGCGAAAACAGUUGAUGUCUGGUAAUGGAGUUUCGAGGGAGGUAUGUGCUUUCUUCUCAAGAUCAAACAAAUUUGUGUAUGGUUUACGAAUGGGUCAUAAAGUUAAAGCACUUAGGGAGAGACUACAUGGCUUUGAAACUGAGAGUCGUGGAUUUAACUUUGAUGUUCGUGAUGAGGAGAGAGCUUCUUUGACUACUGUCAGGGAGCAAACUACCUCCCCUGAACCUGAAGUUCUAGUUGGGAGAGAAAGUGACAUAGCGGCAGUAAAACGUUUUCUGCUGGAUUCCAAUGAUUUAUCAUACUACAGUCGUGCCAUCUCCAUAGUUGGAACAGCUGGGUUGGGGAAGACCACACUAGCUCAACAUGUUUUCAAUGAUGAGCAAGUUGAUAGGCACUUUGGUGUGAAACGCUGGGUAAGUGUGUCAGGUGGCUUAGAUGUUAGAAAGAUUCUCAAAGGGGUUGUAGAAAGUGAUUCUGAUCAGUUAGAGAUUCUGAAAAAUGAAAUUAAAAAUAAAUUUAGAGGAAAAAAAUUUCUUCUUGUAUUAGAUGACGUGAGGGAUGGUGAGGAUGGUCUAAAUGAUAAAAAAUGGGAUAGUUUGAUGGAGUUGUUAGUAUGUGAUAAGAUAGUGGUAACUACACGUUCUCAUGAAAUUCCAAAACUCAUAAGCACAAUAACACAUGUUUUAGAAGGUCUAUCAGUAGAUGAGUCAUGGGAUCUUUUUAGAAGAAUGGCAUUUUGUCAAGGUCAGGAGUCGGAGCAUGUAGAUGAAAAAAUUAAAGAAGAGAUCGUGGGUAGGUGUUGUGGAGUUCCUUUGGUCAUAAAGGCAAUCGCGAGGUUAUUGUCUUUGAAAGAUAGAGCCCAGUGGUUGUCCUUUAUAUUAAAUGAACUUCCAUAUAGAAUUAGUGAUGAUAACAUCAUGCAGACCCUUGAGUUAAGCUAUGGUGCUCUUCCAUCGUACAUGAAGCAUUGUUUUGCCUACUGUAGCUUGUUUUCAAAAAACCAUGAGGUAGAUGUGAGAUCAUUGAUUCAACUUUGGAUUGCACAAGGGUUCAUUAGCUCUUCAAAUUCAGGUGAUAGGUGUCUUGAAAGUGCUGGUCUUAGGUGCUUCGAGGAUUUAUUGUGGAGGUCAUUCUUUCAUGAAGUGAAAAGGGAUGAUUUGGGUAACAUAAUAAGUUGCAAAAUGAAUAGUGGUAUGUAUGAUGUUGCAGCUAAAGUUGGUGCUCUUGAGAGCACCAAAGUGGAUAGGGGAAGAAAUAGGAUUAGUGAUUCGACUCGGCACGUGUCACUUGACAUGGAAUUGAAUUUUCCACCACAAAUUCUAAUUCCGUUGCCUAGUGCAAAACAUCUAAGAACACUUAUAUUGCAAAGUGUCGAAUGGGGUGAGGGGACAUGGGAGUCAAUUUGUCGAGACUUCAGGCGUUUACGUGUGCUUGUUUUGCCUAAUUUAACAAUUAGAAAAGUGUCACCUCUCAUUGAAAAGCUCAAGCACCUUAGAUAUCUUGAUCUUUCUAAUAAUCACAUGGAGGCACUUCCUUAUUCUAUCACCAAUCUGAUAAAUUUGCAAGUGCUCAAGCUCAAUAGAUGUAAGAACCUUAAAAAACUACCGAGAGAUAUCAAUAAGCUUAUUAAUCUGAGGCAUCUUGAUCUUGGUUUAUGUCGAAGUUUGGAGUACAUGCCUCUUGGGAUUGGGAAAUUAACUUAUCUACAAACUUUGUCGUAUUUUGUGGUUGCAAAAAAUAGUAGUCAUAUGUCCAAAAAUAUUGGUGGAUUGGAUGAGUUCAGUGGGCUAAAUGAAUUGACCAUAGAGUGGGAGUGGGAUGAUGGUAGUGAUUCAGAUACUUAUUGGUAUGAUAAAAUGUUGCUAAGCCUCCAGCCAAACUCGAAUCUUCAAGAGUUGAGAUUGAUAGAGCAUGGAGGUGUGAGCUUUCCAAGUUCGCUUUCACAUCUCUCAAAUCUUGUAAGGAUUCGUCUAGAAAAGUGUAGAAGACUUGAGCAUAUCCCUCCCUUAGAUGGAAUCCUUUCUCUUGAGGUAUUGUUGAUUGAAGAUAUGGAAAGAUUGGAGUACAUAGAUAGUGAGGGGGUUGGAGGAAAAGGAGUGUCAAUGUUUUUCCCAUCUUUAAAGAAACUUGUGAUCAAGAGUUGUGGUAGACUGAAGGGAUGGUGGAAGAAGAGUAGAGAUGAGAUGAAUGAUGAUAGUGAUGAGUCAACAAUAGAAGAAGAGUUGAUAAUGCUUUCUUUUCCACGUCUUUCUUCCUUGAGCAUUUAUAAGUGUCCAAAUCUGACUUCAAUGCCGUUGUUUCCAACUCUCAUUGAAAGUCUUUAUUUGAAGAAAACCAGUUCAAUGCCGUUACAACAGACAAUGAAGAUGAAAUCACCAGUCUCUUCUUCUUCUUCUUCUUCUUUUAUCCAUCCUCUCUCCAAAUUGAAGAAUCUAGAUAUUGGUUCAGUUGGGGAUAUGGAGUCUCUUCCAAAAGUAGGGCUGCAAAAUCUCUCUUCUCUUCAACGGCUAUCGAUCAAUGGAUGCGAAAGAUUGAAGUCUCUGCCACUGCCUGAUCAGGGGAUGCAUUCUCUUCAGAAAUUAGAUAUCAGUAACUGCUGGGAAUUAAAGUGUCUAUCUCAAUCUGAAUCCCAAGGGAUGAUACCCUACCUUCCCUCUUUGCGGGAAUUAAGAAUCUAUGGUUGCAGUGAGGAGUUGAGUCAAAGAAUAAUAAUAAGGGGGGGAAAGGAGUGGCCUCACAUUAAACACAUUCCACAUAUUGUAAUUGAUGGCUAUAACAUUCAAUAGUGAGAUGUGACAUUUAAGAUAUUACGAUCACAGUAUUUUCAGCGUGCAUAUUUAAAGGUAUUUAACCUCUUCAUUCCUUAAUUUAAUUUAUUAUUAUUAUUCUAUACUGUCUCUAUUUAUUUAUUUAUUUAUUUUAUUACCCACAAAUCUCAUCUGAUCAUAUAUAUUAUUUUCAUUGUCAUCUAAAAAGCAAGAUAUUAUUGCACAAUCACUAUAAAAACAGAAUUCAUUAU